AUGGCUGAGAAGGUUGAGAAGGUAAAGAAGACCACGGUGAAGGCUUCUCGGAAGAGUGCGCCCGGUCCGAAGCGUCCUAUGACGGCGUUCUUCUGGUUUCUGCAGAAGCGACGCCCGGAGUUGAUUGAAGAACGGCCUGAACUUAAAAAGGCUGUGAAGGAAGUGGCGAAAUUAGUCGGCGAGGAGUGGUCCAACAUGUCACCUGAGCAGAAGUCUAAGUGGACGGAUAUGGCUGCAGAAGCUAAGAAACGCUACGCUAAGGAUAAAGCCGCUUUCGAUGCAAAGGAAGAGGCUUCAGCAGCAAAAGAUGCCGAAUAA